CUUGUGGACGUUUGGUGGCCAAGCUAGUUGUGUUGUAGCUGUAGUUUGUUAUAUUUCUAAAAAGGAUACUUAACAUUUAUUCUGGUUAUAUUUUAUUAUUUAUUCCAAGACCAAAAGUUGAUUGUGUGUGACUAUUAGUUGUGAUCUAUUUUACUUCUGUACAAAGUGAUUUUGAUAGUAAGUGAUACAUUUAUAUUUCUUAUUAUCAUGUCAGGAGUUGUUCAAAUUCUUGACAUUAAGGAUGAUUUUUUCCAAACGUUCAAAUUUAAAUCUGGUCCUACCAUUGGGUCAGGUCUGUCUGGGAAUGUUGUGUUGGCCACACAUCUUGAUAAUCCAAAUAUUAAAAGAGCUGUGAAAAUGUUUUCUUCUUGCAAUGAAGAAGAUGCAAUUAAAAGUAAGAAACUGUUUGUACGCGAGGUCAAAAUGAUGCAAUCUGUCGAUCAUCCAAACAUAAUGAAAGCCAUCGUAGCUGUCAGAUGUCCAAUGUACUUGGCUAUCUGCAUGCCCUUCUAUCAGAAGGGCAGUUUGUCUUCAUUACUUCAUGAACUGACCCCAUCACAUCUGGCAGUGUACUUUGCACAGCUGACGUGUGUUUUGAGUUUUCUUGACCACAAGCGGAUUGUCCACGCGGACAUUAAACCAAGUAACAUUUUAGUGGACGACCAACAGAAUGUCAUCCUUGGAGACUUUGGUUUGGCAUUUUCUGUUCCUCACGGGACAGAGGUCAUCAGCUCGGACAAAGUGGGAGGCACUCCAGCCUUCAUGGCACCCGAACUUCUCACUUUGGGAAACGUGGACCCAUUUAAACUGGAUGUCUAUUCUCUUGGAGCCACUUUUUGGUGCAUAUUAUUCCAAAAGGAACCAAAAUCUACCCUGACAUUUGAUUAUCUGUUUGAGAUAAAUAAGAGUCCAGAUAUUCCACAACCUUACAGAUGGGCCCUGACAAAGAUGCUUGACCCAUUAGCAAACAAAAGACUUCACAUAAACCACUUGUUGGCCAAACUUAGAGAAAUCAGAUUUUGUCCCACUAUCAUUGACCACUUGACCAAAGCUGACCAUUCAAGAUAAGUAGCUUUUGUAAUCUCAUUUAGAAUAUAAUUACAUGUUACUGUAGUAUAUGAACAUUUUAUAAAUAAAUAACUGACCAGUGCACAGAUAUAUAUUAUGUAGUGAAUGUAGAAUUUAGAUUUCCCAAUUCUAUAUCUCAUGAUUUUUUUUUUCAUUUAUCAUUCAACAUCUUAAAAACAGGCAUAAGAUGUUUUAAUAAUUUUUAAGUAAUAUCCUUACCUCGGUUAUACAUUAAGAAGAAUCGUUAUUAAACAUUUGUAAUCAAGAUGUUUGACUUAAAACUUCAAUUUUCGAAAUUCAUGAGUUUGUUCCUGCUUACAGAAAUAACCAAAAUAAGUCUACUGAACGAAUGGAAUUUGAUUUAAUAAUACUUUACUUAUAUCAAUAUGAUAAUUACAAAUAGGAUUGAAACAUUUUAAAUAUUUUGUUUUCUCUUUGGUGUCAUUUGUGUUUGUUUUUUCCUUUAGAGGAGAAGUCAGACAGUGGCAUAUGUAGGCCUAUAAAUAAAAAAGAGCUGGUUUUCGGAUAGGUUAAAGCUGUUCACUCAUAGGACAUACUUGUGGAACCAUCAUCAAAGAAUGCAAGAUGAAUUACGAAGUGAAAACAAACUAGACUAGACAGAGAAACGGAUAAAUGUAUCUGAACUAUGAAAAUUAACAUUCACUUAGGGAGUUUGGUGGCUGAGUGUGGUUUCCGAAUCGUGAGGUCCCAGUGAAGACUGGAUGUACAUUCUUCAAUUCUUUAAUGUACAUAGCCUCAGACAACAGGACAUUGUACAUUGACUCACAUUUUGUUCUUUAGUUAUAAACUUUUUAUUAUUUUAUAUGAAAAGACUAACAGCAAUCAUUUCAAUGUUUCUAUCAAUGUACCGUAGUCUAACAACAGUUUUGUGACAUUUGUUUUAAAUGCAUGACACUUCUGUUUAGAUAAUCAUUGUCGGUUUUGUCAAUAUAUUGUCAUGGUAUGGAUGUAAACAUUUGAAAAUGUAAUAGGAAUAUGUUUUGCCAAAUAAAUCACAGUUCAUUGUUUAAUA